CUCCCAAUGCCACCGCCAUCAUCACUUGCCGCCCGCAUUCCGACACUCAUUCUCCACGCCCACCCCGUCUGAGCGCUUCGUCUGUCGCACCACCUCCGCAACACCAGACUUCCUUGCACGCCCACAAUACGCACCCUCGUACCGUUUGCACCACCUUGGACACCCGCUGUGACUGUCCACAACGGCCAGGGAGCCUCCGGUGUCCUUCCCUUCGCCGUCGGUCGCAAUCAUGCUUCGACCUGCUACUCCCUUAUCAAUUCUCUUCUUCACCGCCUUCGUGCUCCUCCUUCUCUCCACCCUCUCGACCCCCAUCAUCCGUGGGAUCCCCCUAGCCACUUUCCGAGGCGUCAAUUUUGGCGUGCUGGGUUACUGCAGAGGCAGCGAUUGCCAUGGGCCCAUGAUCAACUAUGACACGGAUGACCUUUUCCCUGAUGGUCCCGAUUCCGACUUCUCCCUCCCUGCUGCCGCACGGCAUUCGCUCUCUACGAUCCUUAUCGUCCACCCCGUCGCCGCUCUGCUGACGCUGAUUUGCUUCUCCCUCGCCGUGGCAGCACACUUCCACGCUCCCGCCCACUCCCCUCGCUAUCUUCUCGCCCUUCUCAUCCUCACCUUUCCUACGCUCCUCGUCUCGCUACUUGCCUUCCUGGUUGACAUUUUGCUGUUUGUUCCGCACCUGGCAUGGGGAGGAUGGAUUGUCUUGGGAGCUACUAUUCUCAUCGUCGCGAGCGGGGUGGUCACUUGUGCAAUGAGGAGGACUCUUGUCAGUCGGAAAGCAAGGAAGAGGCGCAUUGCCGAGAACGCAGAGAUGAAUGGGCAGAAUUACCAGGCGAGCCGCGCGGCUGUUACUGCACAAAGGGACACAUUUCCCCGCGCUGAAUCCCCCCCACCGCUAUCCGGCGAGACGGUGACCUUUGCGAAUGAUAAGAUGCCCGAGUACGCAGCGUAUGAGAUGCACAAAACGCAGAGCCAGGAUGAUACGACGCCGUUGAACGCCAGGAAUCCGUCGCUUAGGACCAACAGCAGCAAUGGUAGGGAGGGCUCUGACCGGUCCUAUGUAUCUCGAGCACCUUCUGGACGAGGUCGCCAGCCGGUAGACCAGUAUGGUAACCCUAUCCCGCCCUUACCGAGUGAAAGCUUUGUGAUGCAGAACGGCCCGCAUAUCGCAACCCCGCCGAAUCGAGGUGGACCUCAGAUGGGUGGCCGCGGACGGGGAGGAUAUCCGCCGCGAGGGGGUUAUGGGCCUCCUAGAGGAGGCUACGGACCUCCUCGAGGUGGUUACGGUCCACGUGGAGGAAUGCGAGGCCCCCCGCCGCCUGGAUGGAAUGGCAAUGGAAGAGGAGGCAUGCGUCCCGGUCCUGGUCCAGGAGGUCGUGGAGGGCCGCCUCCCCCAGGGUACAAUAACGGUUACUACGCGCAACAAGGCGUACCGAACCGGCGAGAGCCUUCUCCCUAUGGGGCCCCCCGAGGCAUGUCGCCCCCCGGACCAAGGGAAUCCCCCAAUGGUAUCGGUCAAGCCGUCCAGAUGGAUUCUCAAAAUGGAACCGUAGCUCCACCUCCAACUCAGAAUCUCAACUACGGGCUAAGAGAAAGCGACGACGAUGUACAGGGAAUGCUCGCCCUGCAACAGGGCGGUUUCCCAGCACAAGAACUCCCUCGCAGGAAUUCAGGGCCGAUGAGCCCUACCAGUGAUUACUCGCAAGAUGACGCCCAGUACGUCCCUGCCAGAACCAAUUGGCAGAACCCGAACAACCCAUCUGGUCAGACGCCGCCCACUACUAGUGGUAGCAAUGCCCGCGGACUUUCGCCCAUCCAAGACUCGCCCGUGGAGCUACCUGCCCAGUCGUCAGUCGUCGGUGCAAGAACGUCUGGCUACUUUGAGGAUGUGGAGCCCAGGUUUGCGGAGCCUGUUGGUCCUCCAGCUGGGCCCCUACCUUCUUCCUUAAUGCCCGGCGGCUUCUCCGCCUCCGCUCCCAACCUUCCUAAUUCUUCCUUGGGCACAGGUGAUCCAGGUCUCCUGCGGAAUCCCUCUUACGAUGACAUCCCAGAAGGUGCUCGCUCGCCUCGCUCGCCUGCAGCCUCGGACACCUCACACUUCACAUCUGUGUCGCAGCGUGGGAUCAACCCUAACUGGCGACCGCCACCCCCGGGUAUGGGCGACCCAGCGCUACCCGGACAGUAUCCGCCUUACGGUCGACGCCCCAUUCGUAAAGAAGACGUGAUACUCGAAGCCAAUGCCGCCAACCCCGAUUUCGCCGUCCCGGGCGCCGAAUUCGGACGUGGACGCGGUCGAGGCCGAGGCAAGGGCGGCAGAGGAGGUCCCGUUGCCCCAGCUACAAUGAAUAAUAUGGGUAUGGGCACUGCGGGAAGGUAUCCUGGCGCGGAUGCCAUAUAAACCAGCGCGGGAUGUAAGCGUACAGUUCAAUUCUUUUUGGAUCUUCUCGAGAUAGAGGCGGAUAUUUUAUUGUCACGGAUUUCCUCGACAGGAAUGUGUGUUAUGACAACACGUACACCGAUUUCUUCUUUGCAUUGCAUUCUCUUCUUCCGUACAAAAAAGUUACCCCUCGACCACAUGGGGUGGUAGGGGCAGGCACUGGUUACUACGUUUUCAUUUCUGGGAAACAU